AUGGAAGCUUUGAAACUUCAGUAUAUUAACCUGGAGCAGGCUCAGAACCAUAAGCAACACAGGACAGAAGGCUUAAUCUCCAGGUCAUUGGUUGUAAGGAGAGGGCAGCCGUUCAAACUUACAAUUGGGUUCAGUGGGCCUUACAAGCGAAACAUAGAUGACCUGAUACUCAGAGCCAAGCUAGAUGGCCUUUGUUUUGAUAUUCCAUUCACCCUCUCCAACAAGCCACCUAAGUCCCAGUGGACUGCCUACUUUCAGCAGGGCAUGGUGGACCCUAUCCAUCCUUAUGAGGCCACAGUGUGGGUGGUCAGCCCUGCCACUGCUCUGGUCGGUGUCUACCAGCUCCAGCUGCUGCUGAGGUCCUCCUCUGGGCCCCACAGCUGCAGGGUGGGACCGUUCACCCUGCUCUGCAACCCGUGGUGCCCAGCUGAUUCCGUGUGGCUUCCUGAUGAGAGUAUGAGGGAGGAGUAUGUAAAGAAUGACUUUGGACUGCUGUACCAGGGAACAGCCAAAAACAUCAUCUUCAGACCCUGGGGGUUUGAUCAGUAUGAGAGGGGUGUUCUGGACAUCUGCAUGAUGCUGCUACAGGUGAGCAACGAACACAAGAAAGACUGGAAGAGGGAUUACGCCAAGCGUUCCGACCCUGUCUACAUCAGCCGAGUGGUCUCAGCUAUGAUCAACUGUAAUGAUGACUGUGGCGUACUGCAGGGGAACUGGUCGGAAGACUACAAUGCUGGCGUGCACCCAUCAGCAUGGACAGGCAGUGGGGACAUUCUCAGGCAAUGGGUCCAGUCCCACUUCAAGCCAGUCAAAUAUGGACAGUGCUGGGUGUUUGCAGGUGUCAUGUGCACAGUCAUGAGAGCCCUUGGUAUCCCCAGUCGCGUAGUCACAGGCUUUAACUCAGCUCAUGACACUAAUGGGAACCUGGUGAUUGAGGAAUACUACAGUGAAGCAGGAGAAAAGCUGCCACAGGGCCGUGACAGCAUCUGGAACUUCCAUGUGUGGGUGGAGUGCUGGAUGAAGAGGGGUGAUCUGGGAGCAGGCUUUGAUGGCUGGCAGGUGCUUGAUCCCACUCCCCAGGAGAGAAGUGGAGGAGCAUACAGGUGCGGCCCGGCCCCAGUCAGAGCGGUUCGGGAACGUCGGAUCAGUAUGCCCUAUGACAUCCCGUUCAUCUAUGCUGAAGUUAACGCCGACGUGUGCGUUUUUAUGGUCUGCCAAGGAAAAGUGCUGACGUCCACUGUGGACACAGAGAGAGUGGGAACACUCAUCUGUACCAAGAGCCUGGGCUCCAACCGUCCACAGGACAUCACCUCCACUUACAAACACUGCAAAUUUAUACGGCCCUCAGUCAGGUCCUGUACAACAGCUGGUGGUCUUUCUGUGGGACUGCACCUUUGUAAAGUGCCUGUUAUUGGAGAAAACAUCACCUUCUCUGUCACUGUCACUAAUAAGGAAAACAUUAGGAAAUCAGUGAGAGAACUUGUGAAUGCUCAGGAAAAGAGCUAUAACUUCAGUCCGUCCCAUACCCUGUGGGAGGCCCAGAACCUCAUUCAGCUUGCUCCUCAUGAAAGUAAGAUUCUGAAGCACCAGAUCUCAUCCAGCCAAUAUGCAGCGCUUAGAGACAAUCACCUAGUCAACCUGGCUGUGGUGCUAAUGGAUGUGGCCUCUCAGGAGAGGGUGUUGGCUUCCGAAGAGUUUAACAUCACCAGCCCCAUCAUCAAAAUAAGGAUUGAGAAUGAGGACGCCAUCGUUGCCUGCAAUUGCCAGGUUGCUAUGGUGAAGUUUACCAACCCCUUCUCGGUGGCCGUGAACGGUGUGUUGACGGUAGCUGGUGCAGGUCUACUGGAGGACAAAGCUUUGUUCAGAGUUGUUCUGCUGAAGCCUGGAGAGACGGUGGAGAAUGCCUUCAAAUUCACUCCAAAGUUGGCAGGAGUCAAGAUGUUACAUGCCAAUCUCACAAUGAAUAACAAUGGCGCUGUUAUUCGUGGUUUCAAAACCAUUACAGUUCUGCCAGGAUAAACACUUGGAACUUAAACACUGAGUCAUUUAAGUGGUCUUGCCAAAGCUUGUGUUUAAACUGUGCUUACAAAUC